AUGAGGCUAUACAGCGCCGCCCUAGCCCUCGUCGGAAUCUUCCUCUGGACGAGCGCGGCGCUCGGCGCCCCCGGGCACACUCCCGCCGGCGGCAGAGCCGAGCACUGGGGCCACCCGGUGCAGCGCAACCACGGCAGCGUCCUGGGCGGCGGACGGAGGUUCAGCAAUCUGACGAAGGGGGUGUACCCGAUCCGAGAUGGCGGCGGCGGCGGCGGGAACGGCUCGCAGUGCGGCGGCGGCGGCACCAGCCCCCCGUUCGUGCCGUGCGGCGGCGGCGUGCUGACGGCGCUGUGCUGCUCGUGGGUCAGCACCGGCGUCUACAACCGCAACUGCAACGUCCUGCCCCAGGCCCCGACCUCGCUCGAGGGCUUCAUCGCCAUCUGCGCCCGCAUGCGCAAGAACCCGCGCUGCUGCCUGCCCCCCACCGGCAUCGGCGCUUUCUUCUGCCACACGCCCUACUGA